UUUGCAUAAUCCCAAAGGAGGGAAGAAUGCUCUUUGAGGAGGAUAUAUCAUAAAGGGAAGUGGGCAGGCAUCACUCCUCCUCCUCCUUUUGGGGACGAGCUAUAUACAGCUUUGGUUUCUUGAUCUGAGGUCUGAAGAGGAAGCGGCUGCAAAAUGGGGCCUUUCCUGCUUGCCCUGGUGGCUCUGCUUGCAGGAACUUUUGGAGAAGAAGACGAAAAUGCAGAAAACGUGACCGGGAUUGUUGGGGAGUCGGUCGCUUUCCAGCUGAAGUUGUCCUCACCAUUUGAAAUAAUUACUUGGCAGAGAACGAAGGGAAAGGAUGUUGAUACCGUUGGCGUCUUGAAGCAGGGAGAGAAAUGUUCAUCCAUCAUAACCCUCAUAAGCUUGCAAGGGCGACUGAAUGUCUCUGAAGACUGCAAGACGAUUGAAAUCCUCCGCCUGCAAGAAGAGGACUCGGCCACUUUCAGGGCUCAGGUCACAAUCCCUGAAAAGAAAGAGUUAUUAAUUUUCCUCUUCCGCCUCCAAGUCUUCAGGCAUUUGCUAGAUUCAGACGUGCAAAUCCAUUGCAAUGCGAUCGGGAAUGAGACUUGGCGGCUGAACUGCUCAGCGGGAGAGUCGGAGGAAGGGGUCAUGUUCAAGAUGGCUGUCGACGAGUGGGAGGAACACUCCGGAAGGACUCUGGAUGUCCACGAUGGCAGAGGGGAUGGAAAGAACCUGACUAUCUCUUGCACAGCCAGGAAUCCCAUCAGCACCGCCUCCAGCGCAUGGCCCUUGCAGGAUCUCUGUGGUGAGUUAUACAGAAUACGGUAGAAUGAGAUAACGACGCUUUGGGGGAAGGAAUCCUGGGUCAGUUGCUUUGAUCACUGUAUCAGUUGCUUUGCAGUGAAUGAAGGCCUAAUUGUUGGAGCUCAGCCUGUGGUUGUGUUUCAGGAUCAGGGUGCGUUGGAUGUGGGGAGUGAUGACAAUGAGUUCCAAGAUCGCAAUGGUCUGGUCAAUGAUA